UUGAGCCUCACUGCUAUUUCUCCCUCCCUCAUUCUUACCUGGGAUUUGAUACCCUGCGCGUCUAGAUUCCGGUUUUUAGCUUAGACAUCUCCUCAAGUCUCGGAUUACACACAAUAUUCGAAGAUGUUGAUCAAGGUUCGCACCCUCACCGGCAAGGAGAUUGAGCUGGACAUCGAGCCUGAUAACAAGGUGUCCCGGAUAAAGGAGCGUGUUGAGGAGAAGGAGGGUAUCCCGCCUGUUCAGCAACGAUUGAUCUUUGGUGGAAAACAGAUGGCCGAUGAUAAAACUGCGUCAGAAUACAAUCUCGAAGGUGGUGCGACACUACACCUCGUUCUCGCUCUCCGUGGUGGAUCUCUGACCUUGUAAACACCUACCUUGAGUCCUGAAUAUUGUACACC